AUGAAAAAGUUGAAUUUUUGUUUAUUGAAAAAAGAAAAACGAGAAAUGAGAAACAAGGAACAGCAGACUAAUAAUUAUGGGGCAUUAAAAAACACGCUCGUUCAAUUAUCAGCUUAUAAUAGUUUUUCCUUCUCUUCCUUUUGUUUCACGGAAACAGGCAAUUUUGCAAAUGAAAAAAAGAGAAAAAGAAAAAGAAUAACAAAACAAACAUAUGCCAAGAUAGCGUGUCUAGGAUGCGAUGUACAAAUGGAACCUACAUAUAUGUUGUUCAUUUUUGAAAUACUAUAA